AUGUCGCCGCCGGAUAGAAUGGCUGCGGAUCUCAGUAGGACUGGCGCUGCUGAAAGGGAUAUUGAGCAGGCAAUCACUGCUCUGAAGAAAGGAGCUUACUUGCUGAAGUAUGGAAGAAGGGGGAAGCCAAAAUUUUGUCCCUUCCGCCUUUCAAAUGAUGAGUCCGUUCUUAUUUGGUUCUCAGGGAAAGAGGAGAAGCAUCUCAAGCUAAGCCACAUAUCUAGGAUUAUAUCCGGGCAACGCACUCCAAUCUUUCAGAGGUAUCCACGUCCUGAGAAGGAAUACCAGUCGUUUUCUCUUAUAUAUAAUGACAGAUCAUUGGAUUUGAUUUGCAAAGAUAAAGAUGAGGCGGAGGUGUGGUUUAGUGGUUUAAAAGCAUUAAUAUCACGCAGCCAUAACCGGAAAUGGAGAACAGAAUCAAGGAGUGAUGGCAUUCAAUCUGAAGUGAACAGUCCCAGGACAUAUACUCGUAGAAGUUCUCCCUUGAAUUCUCCAUUUGGGAGUAAUGACAGUUUCCAGAAGGAUGGAGAGACCCUUCGUAUUCACAGUCCAUAUGGAAGUCCACCGAAGAAUGGACUAGAUAAGACUUUCUCCGAUGUGAUAUUUUAUGCUGUUCAGCCUAAAGGGGGUUUCCCCUCUGAUGCUGCUGAUGCUUCAGCCCAUUCUUUGUCAUCUGGGGGAUCAGAUAGUAUGCAUGUUCAUACAAAGGGACUAGGGAUGGAUGCUUUUAGAGUUAGCCUAUCCAGUGCUGUCAGUUCAUCAAGCCAAGGUUCUGGUCAUGAUGAUGGUGAUGCCCUAGGGGAUGUUUUUCUUUGGGGCGAAGGGACUGGAGAGGGUGUUUUAGGUGGUGGAGUUCAUAGAGCUGGGAACUGUUUUGGUGUAACAAUGGAUUCAUUGUUGCCUAAAGCCUUAGAAUCUACAGUUGUACUUGAUGUCCAGAACAUUGCUUGUGGCAGCCGACAUGCAGCCUUGGUGUCUAAGCAAGGUGAGAUUUUCUCCUGGGGGGAGGAAUCGGGAGGCAGACUUGGGCACGGUGUCGAUUCUGAUGUCAUGCAUCCGAAACUUUUGGAUACUCUUAGCAAUACCAACAUUGAGCUUGUAGCUUGUGGCGAAUAUCACACAUGUGCUGUAACGCUUUCUGGUGAUUUGUACACUUGGGGUGAUGGAACUUACAAUUUUGGUCUUCUUGGACAUGGAAAUGUAGUCAGUCACUGGGUCCCGAAAAGAGUGAAUGGGCCAUUAGAAGGCAUACAUGUAUCAUCUAUCUCUUGUGGACCGUGGCAUACAGCAGUUGUAACAUCUUCUGGGCAAUUGUUUACAUUUGGUGAUGGCACAUUUGGUGUUCUAGGUCAUGGAGACAGGAAAAGUGUAUCGUUGCCAAGAGAAGUGGAAUCCCUCAAGGGGCUCCGAACUGUACGAGCAUCAUGUGGUGUUUGGCAUACCGCUGCAGUUGUAGAAGUCAUGGUUGGUAAUUCGAGUUCUAGCAAUUGUUCUUCGGGUAAGUUGUUCACAUGGGGAGAUGGAGAUAAAGGAAGACUUGGGCAUGGUGACAAGGAAGCCAAACUUGUUCCUACUUGUGUUGCUGCUCUGGUUGAACCAAACUUUUGUAGAGUUGCUUGUGGGCACAGCCUGACUGUUGCUCUCACAACAUCGGGCCAGAUCUACACUAUGGGUAGUCCUGUUUAUGGUCAACUAGGGAACCCACAUGCUGAUGGGAAGCUUCCUGCCCGUGUUGAAGGCAAACUGUCAAAGAAUUUUGUCGAGGAGAUAGCGUGUGGUGCUUAUCAUGUUGCUGUUCUAACUUCCAGAACUGAAGUUUAUACUUGGGGGAAGGGGGCAAAUGGUAGGUUGGGUCAUGGGGAUAUGGAUGACAGAAACUCUCCUACACUGGUGGAAGCUCUGAAAGACAAGCAAGUUAAAAGUAUUGCAUGUGGUGCUAAUUUCACUGCAGCUAUUUGCCUUCAUAAGUGGGUCUCGGGUGUUGAUCAGUCUAUGUGUUCUGGAUGUCGGCUACCGUUCAAUUUCAAACGCAAACGGCACAAUUGCUAUAAUUGUGGACUAGUUUUCUGUCACUCAUGCAGCAGCAAGAAGUCUCAUAAAGCUUCCAUGGCUCCAAAUCCGCACAAGCCCUAUCGUGUGUGUGAUACUUGCUUUAAUAAACUUGGGAAAGCCAUGGAUACUGAGGCACCAUCGUCUCAUUCCUCAAUUAGUAGAAGAGGUAGUAUAAAUCAUGGCUCUAAUGAGUUUACUGAUAAAGAUGAAAAGUUGGAUUCGAGAUCUCGUUCACAGCUUGCUAGAUUUUCAUCAAUGGAGUCCUUCAAGCAAACAGAUAGUCGAUCCAAGAAAAACAAAAAACUAGAGUUCAACAGCAGCCGUGUGUCGCCGAUUCCAAAUCGAGGGUCACAGUGGGGAGGACUGAAUAUUUCUAAAUCUCUUAAUCCUAUGUUAGGUUCAUCCAAGAAAUUCUUCUCUGCCUCGGUUCCUGGGUCAAGAAUUGUUUCUCGAGCAACGUCGCCCAUAUCUAGACGGCCGAGUCCACCGAGGUCAACAACGCCAACACCAACCUUGGGUGGCCUUACUUCACCCAAAAUCUCAGUUGAUGAUACUAAAACCUCUAAUGAUGGUAUUAGCCAAGAGGUUACUAAAUUAAGAGCUCAGGUUGAAAGUUUGACUCACAAAGCUCACCUUCAAGAAGUAGAGCUAGAAAGAACAACUAAACAAUUGAAGGAAGCAAUUGCAUUCGCAGGAGAGGAAACUGCAAAAUGCAAAGCAGCGAAGGAAGUAAUCAAGUCACUCACCGCUCAACUGAAGGACAUGGCAGAAAGACUACCCGUGGGAGCAGCCAGGACUGUGAAGACACCUUCCUUCACUGCUUUUGGAUUCAAUCCUCCGAAUGAGAUGCCAACCAAUAAUGUUACUGUGGACCGCUUAAAUGGUCAAGUGACAUCCCAAGAUCGAGACACGACAAGUGGGUUAAAUACUAACCAGUUAAUCCCCAAUGGUUCCAGCACAACUAGCAGCCAUAGUUCUGGUUACAACAUCAAACAAGGCCACGCAGAAUCCACGUUGAGGAAUGGCAGCGGCAGAACAAAAGACGGCGAAUCACAUAGUGAAGCUGAAUGGGUUGAGCAAGAUGAGGCUGGCGUGUAUAUAACACUAACCUCUUUGCCAGGUGGUGGCAAGGAUCUCAAACGCGUGCGCUUCAGUAGAAAGCGCUUUUCGGAGAAAGAGGCAGAGCAGUGGUGGGCUGAGAACAGGGCAAGAGUCUAUGAACAGUACAACGUAAGGAUGGUUGAUAAGUCGAGUGUCAGCGUCGGUGGCGAGGAUUUGCCACAGUAG